AUGUCUCGCCAGGACUGGAGCCCCGCAGAACAGCCACAGUUUGAUUUUGGCGGCCGUUCAUACGUUUCCAUGGGUCACCGCCCGUCCGUGUCGUACAAUUCGCCGCUGGUGGUGUCUGGAUCCGAGAUCCACAAACAAACCGCAGAUUUGGCAACCAUAGGCGUGGUCGAAGACGCCGAAGCCGCCGAGGAAUACGUGCUGCUGUAUCCGCCCAUCCCAAUCAGCCGAGGAAACGGCCCUGGCCGUUCUGACGUCGACACCACACCUCUCCUCCGCAAACAGGACAACGAUUUUCCAGACUUGGAAAGCCCUGCAGAACCCCACGAAUACUUGUCUGCUAGAAAUGUCUCCCGCAGACCACGCCGAAACGUUUUGGCCCGUGUUUGCAGCUAUCUUCCUGCGGUUUUUCUCGGCACCCUAUUGAACGUGCUAGAUGCCUUGUCGUACGGUAUGAUCAUGUUCCCUAUCGGCGAGGCUGUGUUUUCGCAGAUGGCACCUGCGGGUCUCCUGAUGUUCUAUAUCUCCACUAUUGUAUCGCAGCUUGUCUUCUCUCUUGGUGGCUCGGCUUUUCAUGCGGGAAUAGGCUCGGAAAUGAUCGAGGUGACGCCUUUUUUCCAUGUCAUGGCCACUGCCAUCAGUGCUGAAAUGGCCGACAAACCUCAAGAAGCCAUUCUUGCCACGGUGAUGGUGACAUAUGCAUUUUCGUCGGUGGUAACCGGUGUGGUUUUCUUUUUGCUUGGCCGUCUCCGUUUGGGUGCGCUUGUGGGUUUCUUCCCCCGCCACAUUUUGGUUGGCUGUAUUGGAGGUGUGGGAUACUUCUUGGUUGCUACAGGGCUCGAAGUCUCGUCUCGAUUGGAGGGCGGAAUCCGCUACAAUUGGGCUACCUGGGCUUAUCUUUUUGGCAGCACAACCACCAUCCUUGAAUGGACAGUACCACUUGCCCUUGCGGUGAUUUUGGUGCUCAUGCAGCACAAAAUCCACAAUACCCUUUUGGUGCCCGUGUACUUCAUGGGUGUCUUUGCGCUUUUCCACAUUGUUGUCGCUCUAUCACCCUGGGAUUUGGCUACAGCCCGUGCUGCAGGCUGGGUGUUUCCUGCUGUGGAGAACAACGAACCAUGGUAUGCUCACUAUAAACUUUUCCGUUUCGGCAUAGUGGACUGGGUUGCCAUUCUCCGGCAGUUGCCUACGAUGUUGGCGCUCACCUUUUUUGGCAUUUUGCAUGUUCCCAUCAAUGUGCCCGCCCUUGCUGUGACGGUGGGAAUGGACCACUUUGAUGUUGAUCGCGAGCUUGUAGCACAUGGCUACUCGAAUGUUCUUUCUGGCUUAAUUGGAUCGAUUCAGAACUAUUUGGUCUACACGAACUCGGUCUUGUUUAUCCGUGCUGGUGCUGAUGAGAGGAUUGCAGGUGUAAUGUUGGCAGCAGCCACGGCAUGUGUCAUGUUUGCGGGGCCUGUUGUCAUUGGUUAUAUUCCUGUGUGUGUUGUUGGUGCCCUUAUCUAUUUAUUGGGUUACGAGUUGUUGAAAGAAGCACUUUACGAUACUUGGGGAAGAUUGCGCCGCAUAGAAUACACCACCAUUGUGACAAUUGUAGUGGUGAUGGGUGCAUGGGAUUUCGUUUAUGGUGUCUUGGCAGGCAUCUUGCUUGCUUGUCUAUCAUUUGUUGUUGAGGCUGCCAGAAGACCAGUGGUGGCCGAUGUUUACACUGGAGAAGUGGCUCGUUCGACCGUCUUGCGGCACCCAAAGCAACAAGAGUUUUUGCAGAACGUGGGGAGUCAGAUUUGUGUGGUGAAGUUGCAAGGAACCGUUUUCUUCGGCUCCAUUGGAGGCGCUGAAACUACAAUCAGAGGACGUUUUGAGCAUGGACGUUUUGUGCGCAACCCAAUCAAGUAUUUGGUGAUUGACAUGAAACGGGUGUUCUCGAUUGACUUUUCUGCUGCUGAAGGUUUUCGGCGUAUUUUAAAUUUGGCUCUGGAGUUCGGUACGCAGCUUGUAAUUUCGUCUGUUGAGGAGAACGGCGAAAUUGUUUGUGCCUUGCGUGAUGCCGGCUUGUGGAGCCAGAACGAUCAGGACAUUCGGCUCUUCCGCACGUUGAACCAUGCGCUCGAGUGGUGUGAAAAUGCGUUUUUGCAAACGUACCAGCAUGUGGAACGGAAAUUCCCUGAACGACUCUCUGCGGAGUUGUCACCCGACCGCUAUGAAGAACGCUCGCCUAUGAGCCAUGUCGUCGGUACUCCCAGAACAGCACAAGUUUUCCAAGCAGCUUCUCGCACGGCAAAAGACGAACAGCGCAUGAAGAAACAAUUUUAUACCAAUACCGAGCGUGCUUUCCGCAAACAGCCCUUGCCACUUUUAAUGAUCACCUUCAGCGGCCUUUCCGAUAAGGAUGAAGCGUUCUGGGCUUCUGUGACAGACUAUUUUAUCCGAGAAAAGAUUCCAGAAAACCUCACGUUUUACGAUACAGCUGUGCACCAGCCUUCGCUUUUCCUUUUGGAGGCGGGCCUUGUUCAGUCUCUGUUUCAUUUUGAGGAUGGCCGCGAGCUUCACCUGUCGAUCUUACCCAAUACCGCCUUUGGACAUUUGCUUGCGCUCCAUGGCAGAGGCGCUGUCUAUACAAGCGUGAGUGACUCGAUCGCAUGGCGUUUACCUGCUCUGCGUCUUACCGAGAUGCAACAAACACCAGAAGGUUUAGCUGUUUACAACGAGUUAUUACAGGUGCAAGCACGUUUGCUGAAGGAGAGAUUUGACACAUUGACGGCGAAUCUUGUGAUUUCUGCCUAG